AUGCGCUUGAUAACCUCUGUCUUGCUCGCCCAGCUUCUGUCGACCCCUCUUGUCUCCGCAGCAAUCACCGUCAACGCCCAGAAUGCCGACUCGUUGAAGUCUGCCGCCAAAACAGCCGCUGCCUCCUCUGUCAAGUUCUACAACGACCGAGCCAGCAAGCUCAUCCCCGGUAAAUUCGACGGCACCUGGUGGGAAGCCGGUGCUUUUUUCACUUUUCUUAUCAACUACUGGCAUUGGACCGGCGAUGACCAGUACAACGAUAUCGUCACCGAGGGCAUGUCCUGGCAAGGCGGCCCAAACAAUGAUUUUUUCACAUCAAACUACAGUAGCUACCUGGGAAACGACGAUCAAGAAUUCUGGGCUCUAGGUGCCAUGACCGCCGCUGAACAAAAGUUUCCAGACAACAGCGCGCCCGGCAGUGCAUCCUGGCUCGCGCUGGCUCAGGGUUCCUAUAACGACUUUGCUGAUCGCUGGAACGUCGACAAGGAAUCGUGCAAAGGGGGUCUGCGUUGGCAAAUCUCACCCAUCCUGUCCGGAUAUGAUGCCAAGAACGCCAUUUCCAACGGGGCCUUUUUCCAGCUGGCUGCGCGCCUGUAUCGCUAUACUGGCAACCAAUCGUAUGCAGACAUGGCCGAGACUGUCUGGGACUGGAGUGUGCAGUCCGUGUUGUUUGAUAACCAAACUUGGUUCAUCAAUGACCUUACUCAUAUCUCGGAAAACUGCCAAGACAAGAGCGACAUGCAAUGGACCUACAACUACGGAUCCUACCUCGCUGGCGCAGCCUUCAUGUACAACAAAACGAAUGGCGCCACCAAAUGGAAAUCAGGGGUCGAGGGGCUUCUGGGCUCCGUAUGGGCCACUUUUUUCCCUUCAAAGUACGACAACGUCCUCACCGAGGUCGCUUGCGACCCGAUCAAGACAUGCAACCGGGACCAGCUGUGCUUCAAGGGUCUGAUGGCCGAUUGGCUAUCAAAAACCGCGAUGCUUGUCCCGGAGCAGGCCGCGGCCAUUAUUCCCAAACUGCAAGCCUCCGCCGUUGCUGCUGGAAAACAAUGCAGUGGUUCAGGUAACCAAUGCGGUAUGCAAUGGUAUAGUAGCACCUACGACGGCACUUCGGGAAUUGAACAGGAAAUGUCCGCCCUCAGUAUCUUCGCCAACACCCUGGUAUCCUUUGCGACGAACGGCGGGUCGUCACCCGGUUACACGCCGCCGUCGAUGCCAGGCCCUGUUACAGCAGACGAUGGUGGUAACAGUACCAGUAACCCUUCUGGGGGGCAGUCUUCCGGAGAUGAAUACCAACCUCCAAAGCAGACGCCCAUUACGGGUGGCGACCGUGCAGGUGCAGCCAUUCUUACUCUGCUUUUUUCAACCUCGUGGCUGGCGGGGAUGGCCUGGCUCGUUGUCGGAGGGAUUAUUUAA